UUCAACAAGAUUGCGGGCUGGGAAAAUGGCGACUUCAAACCCGCUCGAAGAAAUUCUAAAUUUAGACGUUGAUGAGAACGCAAUUAGUGCAGUAAUCGGGUCACUGGAGUCCCAACUGGCAUCACCAACCCUCAAGGAUGUGCCGCACCAGAUAUCUAUAAAUGCUGGGACACACAAUCAUGUGAACAGUCAACAGGUCUCGGGUGCAAGUACUUCUGCUUCACAAACUGGGUCAAACCAUACACAUACAGUUGCUUCAGGAACUUCUGUUCCUUCGUCACAGAUAAGUAACGCUGGUCCAAACGUAAACAAAGGUGCAUUACACCCAAAUCAACUCAUUGGGAUCAAUUCUAUUAUUUCUAGUGGUCGAUCUACACCCCAAAACAGUGCGAGUAGUGGGGUGACAGUGAUAACUGGUGGUGUUACUAGUUCCCCUCAGCUAACCGGCGGGGGCGCACAAGGAGAGGUGAAAGUUGUAACUCAGACACAAUCUAUUCUCCAACAGACACAACCUUCUUCUGUUGUUAGGACUAAUGUCCAAAAUUCCGGACCAAAUGUGAUAAUCUCUCAGAGCUGUGGUGCUCAGAACAGUAGUUCGAGUUUAAUAAACCAUUCUGCCAGUAAUGCAAUUUAUAAUCUAGCUACAAUAGCUGCUGAGCAAAAACCUUUAGCAGUGACAACUCAGAAUCAACAACAACAACAACAACAGGAUAAUAGUCAAUAUACUUCUGGGAUUAUCAAAGUAGAGAAUUCAGGGGAACGAAAACCUAUGGUGAUAACGACAGCGACUGGAAAUUCCUCACAAAAAUCUCAAAUUGUGCUCAAACAGGAUACCAAAAUGCAACCUCAAAGUGUUGCGACAACAAUGAAACAAGAGUCCUCACCUUCCACUCCUGCACGGACGAUACAAAUUCUGAAUAGCGCAAAUGCUAAUACAACUUUAAAAGGCAGCACUCCUGGGACGUCCAAUGUUAUUACUGUAAAUGCUAUUCAGCAGCAGCAGCAAGGGGUGUUUCGCCCCACUAUCACCACCAGUAUAGGUGGUUCACAGAUUCAGUUUGUGACAACGACAAAUCCUGCUGGCACAGCAGUGGGACAGAAAUCCCUGGCACCAAGAAUUGUACAGACUCCUAUUAGAAUCGCUGCUGCACCGCAACAGCAACCUUUGUUGGCACCUAGACCAGGAUCUAACACUAUCACCCUGCCUGCAGGGAUGCAGCUACCCCCAGGGACAGUCCUGAUGAAGAAUGAAAGUGGUCAGCUUAUGGUGGUCCACACGGGGAACCCUAACAUUGUACAGCAACAACAGCAGCCACAACUUACAACGGUUGCUGGUGGUACGCAGCAAUACAGGUUCCAACAAGCCAAGGUAACCCAAGCCCAAGCCAGGGCCUCUCCUACGUCCCUGAUGACAGUGAAGUCUGGCGCCGCAGUCGCAGGAAUGCAGUCUAUAGCACGUGCCACCACCCCCAGGAUGUCUCCAACCCCCCAGAGAGCCCCUGUCCCCACAGUGGUGCACGCAGUCCCCGCAGGGGCAGCCCAGGCAGGCCCUAGGGCAGUGACACCCCAGGGACAGAUACAGCAGGCCAGUAAGGAUCUCCUCAAGAAAACUUUACAUACGGUGGCUCACACUAUACCUAACCCCAUGGAACAGUCAACAGUGGAAAAUGUCAAAAAGUGCAAGAACUUUCUCUCCACGUUGAUAAAACUGGCCUCCAAUCAGCCCCCAGAGACAGUCAAGAAUGUGAGGGCGCUGAUACAGGGGCUUAUUGACGGGAGGAUAGAGCCGGAAGCCUUCACCCAGGACUUACAAGUGGCUUUGAAAUCAUCUCCCCAACCGUAUCUUGUGCCAUUCUUAAAAAAAAGUUUGCCACUGCUUCGAGCCAUGCUCACACAACGGCAAAUCCAAAUCGAGGGCGUACGUGCACCCCUCACGUCAGCGAAUUCUGAUACAACACCCAGCAUUCCUGCCACCGUCACCUCUAUGCCAGUCCCUGUUACCAUGACAACCACUUUAUCGGCAGCCACGACUGUUGUCAGUGGAUCACAGCAGCAAGUCAUACCUCAAGCAAUACAGCAAAAAUAUACCUUGGCAGACCUGCAGGCAGUUCACAUGGCGCGACAAAAGCAGGCUGCUGUAGUCAAACAGGGUCAGGGUCAAGCAGGGGUCGUGGGGAUGAAACCUGGGACAACCGUGAUGCACAUGAUGCAGGGGCAGGCCCCCCACCACCCUGGGCACAAAGAGAAGAGGAGAUAUGAAUCUCUUAAAGACGAUGACGAUAUCAACGAUGUAGCAACCAUGGGUGGUGUCAAUUUGUCGGAGGAGAGUCGCAAUAUUCUCGCCUCGACUGCAGACUUUAUAGGGACACAGCUGAGGUCAUGUAAAGAUGAGGCGUUCCUGUCACACCCCCACCUGCUGCAGAAGGUUAACGCAGUAGCUAGAAAGUAUGGGUUAGAAGAUGUGCCAAAAGAAGUUGCCAAUUUAAUAUCUCACGCUACCCAAGAAAGGCUACGGAAUAUAUUAGAAAAAUUAGCCACAGUAGCAGAACAUCGGUUAGAAAUAUAUAAGAAUGAUUCUUAUCACGAGGUGACGUCAGAUGUCAAACAGCAGCUAAAGUUCCUAGAAGAGUUAGACAAACAGGAAAAGAAGAGGAAAGAAGAACAAGAAAGGGAAAUGUUGCUCCGAGCAGCAAAGAGUCGGUCUAAGAAUGAAGAUCCGGAGCAGCUCAAGUUAAAGCAAAAAGCCAAAGAACUCCAGCAGGCUGAGAUGGAAGAGGUGAGGCAAAGAGAGGCCAACCUUACAGCUCUAGCAGCCAUAGGACCAAGAAAGAAAAAGAAAUUAGAUUCUGAAGUAGCUCAGGGUAGCAGCAGUGUGGGUGUAGGUUCUAGUCCAUCAUCAGCCUCUGCAUCCAGGCCAUCUAUGCUUCGUCCCAGGAUAAAACGUGUGACACUCAGGGAUUUGGUUUUCUUACUGGAAGAAGAAAGGGAAACGUGUAAAUCUCCACUCCUCUACAAGGCCUUCUUGAAGUGAGGUGAAGUGACAUCUUUUUGAGCAUGGUUGAAACUUCAGAAAGACACAGGUGCCACCUUUUAAUAGUGUCACAAUCUAGUCACAUUCAACUAGCAGCAGCAUGAAGUGAGUGCAGAAGGGAAAGGAGUUGCUGUUCACUCCUCUACAACCUUCUGAGAAUGGCAAGACACCAGCGCCAUCUUUUGACUAUGUUCGACACUUAUCUACAACAGCAAAGGCAGCAUGUAAAGAGUUCUGUGCAUAAGGACUAGCUGAUGUAUGCUCCUUGCUGAAAUAGUAUGUAGUAAGGGCAGUGCAGUGGCAACAGAGGUGUUUUACAAAGAUUACAGAGAAGUAUUUUGAAGAUAAUGAGAACCACCAUAUGGAACCAUAUCUACAUGGCUGUGAGCACCCCCCUCCUCCUCCAGCCCCAGACCCCAGUCACAUGACAGCCCCAUGUGAUCAAGAAAGGUGUGAUGGGAAAUUGGAAGCGCUGCGUAAGGAGAGUGUCGACAGGAAGAUGAAUUUAAAGAAAUAUGAAAAGAAGAUGUGGAAUUUUGGCAGAUCAGAAAAAAAAGUUUCUGCAUUAUGAUAGUAUUUUUUUUUCAAGGGAAAUACACAUUUGGUUAAAGAUACACUUGAAAUUGAAAUAAAGUGGAAAUUAUGUGCAAAGUUUGUGGUAUAUUUUGAGCUGUCUAUAGAUUUAUUUUCUUCUUUUUUUCUUAAUGAAAAUUGAGAUUAGAAAGUGGGGGUAGGGGAAACUGCUGUAUUACAUUUCUGUGCAAGUUCAUUUUCAGCUCUUUAUUUUCAUGCAGCCUGAAUUAGUUUACUAUUAUUAGGGUCCAUUUUGAGUCCGUGAAAAAGGGAGGGGGGAGGGUGUAUAGUAUAUAAUUGUACAUGUCUUGUUAUUAAUAGUCUUUAUUUAAUGAUGCAGUAUCAAGGUAACCAAGGUUAAUACUUUACAUGCUGUUGGUAUAAAACAUAGAUGCUUUAAGUGUUGUAGAUAAAAGCAAACUAUUUUCAUACAUAAUUAGAAGAAAUAUUAUAUGUACAGCAUUGGUUUUGAAAAGAAUUGGUUAUCAAAAUGUACUGCAAGUGCAAACUGGUCUUUGCACUGAAAAUGGGAUAGCUUAGAUCUUUUUCAUUUCUUUUUCAUUUAAAUAGGACUAAACGAGUGGUAAUACUGGCCCAGUCUGGUUUCUCUCUUUAUAACUCCCCUCCUCCUGAAAAGUUGAUUUUAUUUGUAUUACAGUGAUUUAUGUCUGUGGUUGGGGUAGCUAUAAGCAUUGUAGAUAAAUGUAAACAUUGUUACUGUCAUUGUGAAUUUGUUGAUAAUUGUAGUUUUUGUAUUGUCUAUGGGGGUUUCUUGAAGC